ACUGCUAACUGCAACCUCAAUAUGAAUCCUACAAUUUCUCUAAGCUGCCUGGUGGUCAUCAUCGGAAGUCUUUUGUGGACAGCCAGUGCCGACUUUGACUCCGAUAGGGAACGUGUGAUCGAGUACUUCAAAAAUGCUGAUCCUAGUUCCGUUUCGGAGAGCAAAGUCCUCUUUCUAGUGGAAUUUUUGGCCAAACACAUUAAUGAUAUUGAGUUGACAACCGAACAACGGGCCAGAGCUGAGGAUAUAGUGAAGCAGUACAAUGAAGAAAAGGCCAAACUCUUGGUGGAUGGAGCGCCGGCUCAAGGCGGUUGGAUUAUAAAACUUGCAAGGGUCAUUAUACAACUAGGCAUUGAGCUUGCUUCCGAGGGAGUUAAGAAAGCAAGGAAAUCUUAAAACUAGAAAUCUUUUUAAGGUAACAUACAUAUGUUAUAAGGACAAUGUGGUCCCAAUAAAUAGGAAAUAAUUAGCAUACAAAA